UAGAAAAAAAUGUGUUUAUCUGAUAUAUGUUUAACUAGUUUAACAACAGAUCCGAGAGUGUCAGAAUGAAGGUUUUCAUACUUGCAUUGUGUAUUCUUCCUACCGUGUUGUCAGCACCUGACAAGAGAUUCAUUGAAGCCAUAUUUGGUGCAAAUGCAUUUGACUUGACAGCACUGAAAUGCGAUAUACAGCUCAUGUUGGAUGUUAUAGGAAGCAAACCUUCAGAACUUGCAUGCGAGGGUGAAUGCCAUAACCUCCUGCAAGAGGGACAUGUCUUAAAUUUCGGUUGCCCGCUUGUCUGUCACGGGUUUGAAACGCUGGCACAUACCUUUCACCUUACACCUGAUACUACGGACCCGUCUGUAAACCCUUGCAAAAGCAUUUCACAAGCAAAAUAAAUUGUAAUUAAGAAAUAAAACAUGUUCUUGUUCUGUG